AUGCCGGAGGAGGAAGAACGAGAGAAAUUAGCCAAAGUCAUCAGACAGUGGAACGACAACAGACUGGACUUGUUUGAAAUAAGCCAACCUGAUGAGAAGUUGGAGUUUCAUGGUGUGAUGCGCUUCUACUUUGAGGAUCAUGUUGGAGGAAAUGUGGCCACAAAGUGCCUGCGUGUUUGCAGCAACUCUUCAACUCAUGAGAUUAUAGAAAUUCUUUCGGAGAAAUUCAGGCCUGAUAUGAAAAUGCUGACUACGGGUUACUCCCUGUACGAGAUCCACGCCAAUAAAGAACGUAAACUGGAUCUGGAUGAGAGGCCUUUGGUAUUACAAUUAAACUGGACCACAGACAACAGAGAAGGACGUUUUGUGCUGAAGAAAGACAAGGAGAGUUUGGUGGAGAACUGUCACGAGAAGGAAAAAGGAGGCGUGAUCCAAAACUUCAAGAGGACACUGUCGAGAAAAGAAAAGAAGAAAGAGAAGAACAAAACUAAAGCGACUGACAAGGUUUCAGAGGAGGAGAAUGGGUCAACUGAAAAGCCACUGAACAACAACAGCAUUUGUGUGUCUAACCACGAGACAAAAAAGCAACAGAGGCAGGCUGCCCCGGGAGUAAAGCCCACAGGAAGUCAUUAUCCUGACGUUUCUGAUCAACCUGGAUUACCAAUUAGAAUUAAAUUCUGUGAUAAUUCUGAGGAAGCCUUCCUAUCUGCAGUCAUAAAUUACACCAACAGCUCCACAGUUCAUUUCAAGCUCUCACCUGCAUACAUCCUCUAUGCGGUGGGACGCUUCGCUCUGCAACGCCAUUACAGGCAAGGCUCUCCACCCUCAGGGCAGACACACAGUGUAACCUCCAUCGCCAACAAAAUGGUGGCCAUGACAGGGAAGGUCAUCCAGAGGCAGCAGGCCAUCGCCGGCGCGCUCGCCUUCUGGAUGGCCAACUCCUCUGAGCUGCUAAACUUCCUCAAGCAUGACAAAGACCUCAGCCCGCUCACACAGCAAAGUCAGUUGGAUCUGUCCCACCUGGUGCACAAAGCUUACAGUUGCCUGCUACAGUGUCUACAGAAUGAGUUAAGGAAACACUUGCCAACUUUUCUGAUUGAUCCUGAGCAACAUGGCCCACUGCCAGCUGGAAUAGAGAUGGUGCUGAACACCUUGAUGAACACCAUGUCUCUUUUACGCCGCUGUCGGGUCAACCCCGCCCUCACCAUCCAGCUCUUUUCCCAACUCUUCCAUUUCAUCAGUGCCUGGCUCUUCAACCAGCUAAUGAGCCCGGAGACUAAGACUCCUGGCCUGCGCUCCCACUACUGGGGAGCUGCUCUCCGCCAGAGGCUUAUGGCCAUUGAAGCCUGGGCGGAGAGGCAGGGCCUGGAGCUGGCCGCCGACUGCCACCUCGGACACAUAAUCCAGGCAACCAUGCUCCUGACCAUGAAUAAGUACUCAAUGAAAGACGCGAAGGACAUCCAGAAUACCUGUUUCAAGCUGAAUUCAUUGCAGCUGCAGACGUUGCUAGCUGGCUACCUCUAUGCCACCAAUGAGCCUCACAUCCCCAUUGAUUUGAUCGAUGCUGUAGUGACGGCUGCUGAGUCCUCGGCAGAUAGCCUGAUUCGAAGCGAAGGACGGGACAUCCAGCUGGAGGAGAGCCUCGACCUCCAUCUGCCCUUCCUGCUGCCGGACGGAGGAUACUCCUGUGACACUGUGAGAGGAAUCCCUCAAGGGUUUAGGGAGUUUUUGGAGCCAGUUUGCCGGAAAGGUCUCUGCUCUUUAAUGUCCCAGCCGAACUCCAGAGGCGACUGGAGCGUGUACUUCAGUGAACCAACUUCCUCAGCACAAAGAACAUACUUGGCAGCACACAGACAGCCAGAGGUUGUGACGAUCACACUGAACAAACCUCUCAACAGUGGGAUGGGGGUCAGCAUCGUGGCUGCCAAGGGAGCAGGUCAAGGUAACCUCGGGAUUUACAUCAAGUCUAUUGUCAAGGGAGGGCCGGCUGAAAUGAACGGCAGGUUAACAGCUGGGGAUCAGCUGCUGAGUGUGGACGGUCAAAGCCUGCUCGGCCUCAGCCAAGAAAGGGCAGCAGCUAUCAUGAUGCAAACUGGCCCCGUUGUGACCUUACAGGUUGCAAAGUUUGGAGCGAGCUAUCACGGCCUGGGGUGUCUGCUGAGUGAGCCAACCUCAGGGAAUACAGCACUGGUGCUGUACAGUGUUGUGGAUCCUGGUCCGUCAGAACAGCUCCAUGGAAGCAGCAGGAGGAGGAGAGACCAGAUAACGCAGAGAAACAGACAACUUUAUCGCUCCAACCCCAACAUGGCCAAUUUUGCCCCCGAGGAUGGAGAUGAACCCGUUGACCUGGUGGUGAGAGGGAACAACAUGGCUGCUGUUUCCAGUAUCAACCUUUGUGCCGAUACAUAUCACAGGGAAUACUUGACACUUCCGACCCCUAAAUCCCAGGACAAGAACCUCUCUGAAUCCAGUCGACCACAGCAAACAGUCAAAGUGUCUGUGAAGCCUUUAGAUGGACAGAGCUCCAAUAAGAGGACCUUCAUGCGGCAAGCUCUGUCACAGGAGAACCUGUGCAUGGACAGUGGAGGCCCCCUGCUGGACAAAAGGCAGAAUGACCAGCGUGCAAAGCAAACCAUGAGCCACUAUUCAUCUUUCCCUAUUCGCUCGAGUGUUUCUACUCAUGAUAUCCUCUCAGACAGUUGUUCUCCCACAAAGCGACAGCAGGGCAGCCGUAUGAGUGGUGCCGGUGUCUGGAGAACUCCUUUUUCACAACACCCAACUCCUACGCCUCCGAUCCAGCCAACGCGCAUAGACAUCCCUGUAACCAGAGCACUGAACACACAGACAAAUCCUCCACUCACCACCUUCCAGAGCUCAUCCUUGCUGGCAGUGAAGAUGAGCCAAACCCUUAAAGUAAAGAGUCAAGCUCAUCAUAUUUACGCGUGUCCCCCUCCUGCAACCAAGAAGCUACCUCAACCCUCACUUCUAUCACAGCAGCAAAGACCCAAAACACACAGGGAUCAGGGAGCAAAACCCCAAGUGAGCAUCCCUCCAACGAAACAUGUCUCCUUCCAAGAGCCUCCCACUCAGCAGAAGCAGGGCUCGGGUCCUGCAAAGCAAAGAGACCCUCAGCAGCUGUCUGAUCCGUGGAGGAGGGAGGCCCAGGAGAAGCUGGAGAAGCAGCAGAGGCUUCAUGUGGUGCAGCUCCUGGAGCAGGAGGUGCAGGAGCUCCAGGCUAAAGCGAAGCGCACGGCAGAGGAGAGCGACCGGCUCCGAAAGCUCAGCCUGGAGUGGCAGUUUCAGAAGAGGCUGCAGGAGAUCCAGCAGAGAGGAGAGGACGAGGACGACGAGGAAGACGAGGAUUUGGACAUGAUGCUGACGAUACAGCAGCUGGAGAAAAGAACACAGACCAGGAGAAGCUCUGCUGGGAACAUCAACACUGAAUUAAAAGAGUUGGAAAAGGAAGACAAAGCAAAAACAGGUCAAAGACCAAGUGGACCGAGUCAAGACAUUAACAACAUUGCUUCAAAAGGGUGAGUUUGCUCCAU